AUAGCGAAGAUGUUCGCCUGCGGCCCAGCAGCCUGUGCUGCCGGGGGGGUGGUGGUACCUAAGACCUUCGGUGUCGCCGCAGGGAGAAGCCCGCCCACAAAAUGGCUUGGUUCCGGACUUCGUCACAGCGUCUAGAGAAAUGUGGGUCCUCGGAGCCUCUUUAAUGCUGGAGCUCGGGCCGCAGGCAGCCCCGUGGUGGUGGAGGAACAGAUUCUCUGGAUGGAGUCUUCCUGGGAAGCUUUGCUAACUUGCGGCAGCUGGACAGUGUUCCUCAUUAAUAUAUGUCUGUCAGCAUAAUCAUCACAUCAUUUCAGCGUGGUGGCAGGGACUCAGCUCUGGAAUUCUAUCUAGAAAAAGCAUCUGGAUCCCGGUCUUACAAUGGCUUCAAGACAACCAGAAGUACCUGGUAAACUUAACUUGUUUUGCUCUUGAGCCUAGUGGGCCUCUAGGCAAGAUGUCCCUGCCCAUCGGGAUGUACCGCCGGGCAUUCAGCUAUGAUGAUGCCCUUGAGGACCCCACGCCCAUGACUCCUCCUCCAUCAGACAUGGGCAGCAUCCCUUGGAAGCCAGUGAUUCCAGAGCGCAAGUAUCAGCAUCUCGCCAAGGUGGAGGAAGGAGAGGCCAGUGUAUCCUCCCCUGCUAUGACCCCAUCACCGGCCACUGGCAGUGUGGACAGGGUCCCAGUGGUGAAGGCUAAAGCUACCCAUGUCAUCAUGAGUUCUCUGGUCACAAAACAGAACCAGGAGAGCAUUCAGCGUUUUGAGCAACAGGCAGGGCUGAGAGAUGCUGGCUACACACCCCACAAGGGCCUUACCACCGAGGACACCAAGUACCUUCGAAUGGCAGAAGCACUCCAUAAACUAAAGCUACAGAGUGGAGAGAUAAUAAAAGAAGAGAAGCAGCCUGCAUCAGCCCAGUCUACUCCAAGCAGCACCCCCCACUCUUCCCCUAAGCAGAAACCCAGAGGCUGGUUCACUUCUGGUUCUUCCACAGCUUUACUUGGCCCAAACCCUAGCAUCAUGGAUUCUGGAAGUGGGGAUAAGGACAGAAACUCAUUAGAAAAAUGGAGCCUCUUUGGACCCAGAUCCCUCCAGAAGUCUGAUUCAGGAGGCUUUGCCACCCAGGCCUACAGAGGAGCUCAGAAGCCCUCUCCAAUGGAACUGAUCCAAGUCCAGGCCACCCGCAUGGCUGAGGACCAAGCAGUCUUCAGACCGCCCAAGAUGGAUGUGCCAGUGAUGGAAGGGAAGAAACCAUUGGCACGGCCCCAUAAUCUCAAACACCGUGACUUGAAUGUGCUCACACCCACUGGGUUCUAGAAUGCUUUGAAUUCCCGAGACUCCGGAUAGAGGGUGUCUUGUCUCUUCCACCGCCCUACCCCCCUUGCACCUUGGCUCUGACAUAGGAAAAGUAUAUUUUAAAAAAAUCUUUUAAACUGAGGCUAGAGACGUAAUUGGCUUUUGAGAAACAUUAGUGCAAAGCUUGUCUUUAUUGUGUGGAAGAAGCCAUUUUGUACUGCUUUGGUUUGAAGUUAGACUAAUCUCAGCACUGAUGUAUUGGGGCCCUCAUUACCUAUUUUUGUAUCAUUUACCCUGAACAAGAACUUUAAUUAUUGCUUACUAGGUAAAUAAGGUCUAUAAUAUUCCAAAACCCAGGCUGCUUCAUUCCUUUUCCACUAGCAACUUGAGCACUGACAAAUCAUGGAGUAGUGGUGUUCACUGACUAGUUUAAACAACCCUGGCCCCCUUGAUGCUGUGCCGUACUGUGCUCUGGCUUUGGUGGUGAGAGGGACCUAAGAUCUGUUAAAAAGCCAGACUCGGCAGGGACCCCUCUUCCUGUUGUGGGAACUGGACUCUCCUGGCUUUUUGGGAGACCUGAUGGACCACUGCGUAUUGCAGCCAGUGUUCUUCCUCUUGGGCCAGUACUGUUGGAGGAUUUUUCUUUGAUGUGUCAUACAGCAAACACUAGGUCUUACAUAUCCUUUCUUGCACUUUAAAGUGAGAUUAAUUUAACCCCAAUUUGGUUGAAAACUUCCUAAAGGAAAAAAUUCAUGUACUAAAUGGAUGUUUAAGCUUUUUUAAAGUCAAGAAGAUGGUAACCACAGUUAGAUUAUAGUCUUGAGGUUUGUUUGAAACUAUUGUCAUCCUAUUUUGAUUUCUUCGUUCAGCCCAGGACCUGAAACCAUUUUUUCUGGGGCAUGGAGGAAAUUAAAAUUUUCUGUACAAAAGCAUUUUCCCCCAAAAUGAGCCUCAUACAUUUAUAUACAUACAUACCUUAUUGAGGAGAGGAAAGAGGGAAACUGCCUUUUUAUUUCUUCCCACUGUUAAAUGUUUAGUCAUUGUCUUGAGCCCUGUCUCAAAUACCUGCUGUUUUAUGUGUUGGAUAUUACUUUGUCUACAUAAGGCGCUGACCUUUCCAUAGAGAGAUCCUGGAGUCUAGGAUGAUCAGAUAAAUUAAUUUAUUUGUGUCUUCUGUUAAGCUUGUUUCUUUUACUGGUUUUGACAAUAAAAGUCCUUACUACUUUCUCAAA